GAGCGGCGCCGGGGCCUCGCAGCGCCAUCUUCCCGCGGGCACCUUCGGCUGCUGGGCUGGGCUGCUGGGACAGACAAGAGGGACAGGGCAUGGAUAAACGUGGGAGCCACUGCCAUUUCUUACCAGCUCAUGCUGCCUGGGGCCCAGAGGAGGGUGGAGGCACUAGCCACGGUGGGACCAAGCUUGGCUACACUGUCACAGAUGUGCCUCCCUGGUAUCUGUGCAUCCUGCUGGGCAUUCAGCACUUCUUGACAGCCAUAGGAGGUCUUGUAGCUGUCCCGCUGAUGCUCUCCAAAGGCCUUUGCCUCCAGCAUGACCUACUGACCCAGAGCCACCUGAUCAGCACCAUCAUCUUUGUCUCGGGAAUUUGCACCCUGCUGCAAGUCCUCUUUGGAGUGAGGCUGCCUAUUAUUCAAGGAGGGACUUUAACAUUCCUGACCCCCACCUUGGCAAUGCUGUCUCUCCCCAACUGGAAGUGCCCUGCCUGGACAAACAAUGCCACCCUGGUGAAUGCCUCUUCACCAGAAUUCAUCCAAGUCUGGCAGGCACGGAUGCGAGAGGUGCAAGGAACUAUCCUUGUAACUUCUUGCUUUCAAAUCUUCGUUGGAUUUUCUGGCCUGAUUGGAUUUCUGAUGAGGUUCAUCGGCCCCCUGACAAUUGCCCCCACUAUCACCUUGGUUGGACUACCUCUGUUUGAGUCAGCUGGAGAUAUGGCUGGGCAGCACUGGGGCAUAGCAUCCCUGACUACUUUUUUCAUAGUUCUGUUCUCUCAGUACUUGAAACACGUUGCUGUGCCGCUGCCAUCUUACCAGAGAGGCAAGAAGUCCCAGUUCUCUCCAGUCUACCUCUUCCAGAUCUUCCCGGUGCUGCUGGGGCUCUCGCUGAGCUGGCUGCUGUGCUACGUGCUGACAGUGACCAGCAUCCUCCCUGCGGCCCCCACUGCCUACGGCCACCUGGCCCGGACAGACAGCCGCGGGGACGUUCUGUCACAGGCUCCCUGGUUCCGGCUGCCUUACCCAGGCCAAUGGGGAACGCCAACGGUGAGCCUGGCCGGGAUCUUUGGCAUCCUAGCCGGGGUGAUUUCCUCCAUGCUGGAGUCCGUGGGGGAUUACUACGCCUGUGCCCGCCUGUGCGGGGCCCCGCCGCCGCCGGAGCACGCCGUCAGCCGCGGCAUCGGCGUGGAGGGCAUCGGCUGCCUGCUGGCCGGGGCCUGGGGCACGGGCAGCGGCACCACGUCCUACAGCGAGAAUGUGGGAGCCCUGGGCAUCACCAAGGUGGGGAGCCGAAUGGUGAUCAUUGCUGGUGCCUGUGCCAUGCUCCUGAGCGGCAUCUUGGGGAAGAUUGGGGCCAUGCUGGCCAGCAUUCCCAUCCCUGUGAUUGGAGGCAUGUUCCUCGUGAUGUUCGGAGUUAUCACGGCAGUGGGCAUUUCCAGUUUGCAGUAUACAGAUAUGAACUCCUCAAGGAACAUCUUUAUCUUCGGAUUUUCUCUGUUUGCUGGCCUCACAAUUCCCAACUGGGCAAGCAAAAAUAGUGCUCUGCUGAAAACAGGAAUCAUCCAGCUUGACCAAGUGAUCCUGGUGCUUCUCACCACUGGCAUGUUUGUGGGUGGAUUUCUGGGCUUUAUCCUGGAUAACACCAUUCCAGGAACACAGGAAGAGCGGGGACUCCUGGCAUGGAAACAAAGCCACAAGGGAGGGAUGGAGAGCUCUCAGCUCAUUUCCAAGGUCUAUGAUCUUCCCUUUGGCAUAGGCACCAGAUACUGCAAUGUCUCUUGGUUUCGCUAUCUCCCUGCUUGCCCCAGAAAACUGUCUGGUGACAAGAGAAUGGAUGAACUGAAGGCUGCUAGGCAGAAAACCAGUGUUGAAGCAAGCUUAGAAAAAAACUCUGAGGUUGGUGCUGAUACACCAAUCGGUGCUGAUACAAGGAUAUAA